AUGGCACGACAACGUGCCCAUACCGCAGCGCCCGAGAGCCGGCAGAUGCUCGCUCUCAGUCGUAUCCUCGAGAAGACAAAGAACGGUAACCUACACGUGCAGCGAUUCCGCGAAACGAUAGUGGCCGACCAGAAGCAGCUCAACGGACUGCUUGCAAAGCGAAAGCUCGAAGCCAAGAGGGAAGAACAACGCCGCCGUGGUGAACUCGCAUUUACGAUCCUCGAAGCCCUGCAAACCCCAAAUCGACCCGUAAAAAGCGAGGCGGCAACUUUUGUAGGCACUCACAUCGCUGGUAAUGCGGUCUUCACUUCUGCCAACAUCAUCUUGAGUGCAUCCGAAGCCCUCGUAAAUGAAUACCAAAGACUAGACGGCAUGAUUGCAAAACUACGCGAAGAGCAGCCUGCAGCUCUCGUGAACACAUGGAAGCAAGACGUCGAAGAUACAGACCAACAACUCAAGAAGGGGGCUCGGGUUGCAUUGAGGAACGUUAAGAAGGUGUUGGGUGCUGAUGUGGAAGAUUGUGUGAUGGCAGAGGCGGACGAAGAUAGGGAUAUGAAUAUGGAGGGAGGGGAGGAGGUUGAGCUGAACUUUGAACUGCAGAAGAGUUUGAGGUACGUUACCACGAUAUUGCUGAUUCUUAACGACUCUAUACUAACGAUACUACAGAUGGGUGCCCUCAAGUAUGUCGAAGAACUUCAGAAGAAGAAGCAGUCGGACAUGAUGCGCUUCUUGAUGCGCGUUCGCUGCUGGGAGCUUCGCCAACUUAAGGUCAUCCACCGCGCAAGCCGCCCCUCGCGCCCCGACAAGGCCCGCCGUCUCGGAUACAAGGCCAAGCAGGGUUACGUUAUCUACCGCAUCCGCGUCCGCCGUGGAGGCCGCAAGAGGCAGGCUCCCAAGGGCGCUACCUACGGCAAGCCUACCAACCAGGGUAUCAACCAGCUCAAGUACCAGCGCUCGCUCAAGUCCACUGCUGAGGAGCGUAUCGGCCGCCGCUGCGCCAACCUCCGCGUCCUCAACUCCUACUGGAUCAACCAGGACUCCACCUACAAGUACUACGAGGUUAUCUGCGUCGACCCCCAGCACAAGGCCAUCCGCCGCGAUCCCCGUAUCAACUGGAUCGUCAAGCCCGUCCACAAGCACCGCGAGGCUCGUGGUCUCACCGCCACCGGCAAGAAGAGCCGUGGUCUUGGUCGUGGACACAAGUUCAACAACACCACUGCCGGCAGGAGGAAGACCUGGAAGAGGCACAACACCCUCUCCCUUUGGCGCUACCGUUAA